UCUCGAAGAAUAUGCUCCUUUGUCGUUGUGGGGUUUGCGGGUUUGUGUUUCAAGGUUUAAGCGCUUCGCAGUGAUGGAGGUUGGGAAUGACCUCUCUGCAGGCGUGGGAAAAUCUGACGUAGAAACUGCUUCUCAAAUGGCUGACGAAGUGCUUAAGGUGGCUGUUGCUGCUGAAUUGCCUUCGUCGGUGACAGCGGAGGAGGGUUUAGGCGGGGGUUCUACUGACGGCGCUGACGGUGCUCAAGCACUAAGCAAAGAAAACUACCCGUCAGCUGAGGAGCUCAUAGCCAAAUCGCGGGCACCUGUCAAACGGGAAUAUGUUGUUUUGAACAUUGCACCUCGUGUCAUGGCCAAGUCAAUAGUCAUAACUAAGGAAGCUGUUACCAACUCACCUGAGGAAGGAACCGCCAAUGCUGUAGAGGCUAGUAAACCUUUCACUGCAAAAGCUUCAGUCGACAAGAAGUCUAGACGCCAACGAAAACGAGAACGGAAGGAGGCUAUAACUUCGGCAGAAAAUAUUUGUGGGGCGGUAGCGAAAACUGGUGACGCAAAUGCAUGUCAAUUUGGUGACUCGUGUCGCUUUAAUCACGACCUGGCGGCAUUUAUGGAACAAAAACCCAAAGAUCUGGAGGGAUUGUGCCCUCUCUUGGAUGUGACUUCUUCUUGUCCCUACGGAUUUGCAUGCCGUUUUUCUGGUUCUCACCCUGAAGUAAAGGGGACCGAAGUAGCAGAAGUUUUGAAGGAUGGAAAUUAUGAUGGUAAAAAUCCAAUGUCCAGUAUCCGGGAGCUCAAUAGUUUGAAUAAAAGUUUUCAGAAAUUGCUAUGGAAAAAUGCGGUGACCUUUCCAAAAGCUGACGCCCAAUUACAAGCACUGGGGCUUCUGGGAAAGGCUCGGAAGUUGGUUGCAAAGCCGUCUGUUGUUUGUAAAGGAGAUGAGGCAAAACCAGUAUUGGUUUAUGACGACACUGCAGCAAAAGUGAAAUUUGAAAGCAGUAAUAUUGUUGAAGUCUCUCCAGAAGAAGCGGAAAUAAUCGCAGCGUCGGAAACUACUAAUGGUUCUGCUGGACUCCCUGGGGAUGGCGAAGUAAGAACUGAUGGGCCUGACGGACCCUUAUCAUCAGAUACCUCUCUAAUAAACAAAGAAUACCCUCCUCGUAAGAAAGUCCGAACGAUUGUAAUUGAAGCAGCAGAUGAGGCUUUGCAGCAAGCUUCGGAUAAUGUAUUGGAGGCUACAAGUGGGCGAAGCAACAGUAGAGUAGACGACGACGAUAUGAAGUACCUCAAUGAUGAGGUGAAAGAACCGCUACGAGAUAAGAAACUCGUUGAUUUCCGAGGAAAGCUCUAUUUGGCUCCUCUAACCACCGUGGGUAAUCUACCAUUUAGACGAGUUUGCAAGAAAUUGGGUGCUGACAUCACAUGUGGAGAAAUGGCCAUGUGCACUAAUUUACUUCAGGGGCAAGCUUCAGAGUGGGCUUUGUUGAGGCGGCAUGAGGAGGAAGAUAUUUUUGGAGUUCAGAUAUGUGGAUCAUACGCUGAUACUGUAGCUCGGGCAGCUGAGUUGAUAGAACGAGAGUGCACUGUUGAUUUCAUUGAUCUGAACGUAGGAUGCCCUAUAGACGUGGUGGUGAACAAGGGUGGGGGCUCUUCUCUGCUGACCAAGCCUCAACGGCUGCAAGAAAUUGUGAGAGCAGCAUCCGGAUCAAUUAACACCCCUCUUACGGUCAAAUUGCGAAUGGGCUUCUUUGAAGGUCGAAAUUGUGCGCACUCUUUGCUUCCUGAUCUCGGAUCUUGGGGAGCAACAGCUGUCACUAUUCAUGGUAGGACACGUCAACAGCGCUACAGUAAACUAGCAGACUGGGACUACAUUAAUCAGUGUGUAACCAACGGUCCAAGUGACGUCCAACUUAUUGGGAAUGGAGAUGUUUUCUCUUACACUGAUUACAACGGGCACCUUGAAAGUUCAGGAGGCAAGCUCGCAACAUGUAUGAUUGCUCGCGGAGCUUUGAUAAAGCCGUGGUUAUUUACCGAAAUCAAGGAGCAACGGCACUGGGAUAUCACUGCUGAAGAAAGGCUUAACAUAUUGCGUGAUUAUGUGAAAUUUGGCCUGAUACACUGGGGUUCUGAUAGUAAAGGUGUGGAGACAACACGACAUUUUCUCCUGGAAUGGUUAAGUUAUGCACAUCGCUACAUCCCUGUUGGUCUUCUGGAUGUUAUCCCACAAAAGCUAAAUUGGCGUCCACCGAACUACUUUGGACGCAAUGACCUAGAAACACUGAUGGCAUCAGAUAGUGCAGCUGACUGGGUCCGAUUGACAGAAAUGGUGUUAGGUCCACCUCCACCUGGGUUUGCGUUUGCCCCUAAACACAAAUCCAAUGCUUACGACAAAGCUGAGAACGGCUAAGCGUCACAAUUUCAUUGCAUGCUCUCUUCCUAAACUAUAGGCUAAUCGUUAAUUCCCAUGUGAUCCACUGGAUGUUUUUCUACAUCAUUAUAAUAUUAAAAAAGUUGCUUUCGUCUAA